ACAGUGGUUAGUACUUGCUGCCUACAUGGGGCGUCUUUAGGUUUGUUGUAGGCUUAGGCUAUUUGAUCAUGAAAAGCAAUGUCUCUGUAUCGCAAUAUCGUCUGGUUCUUAAAAGGAAUUCACGAAUAUACGAGGAGUGGAUAUGAGGCAGAAUCCAGAAGUUUUGUGGCUGAGGAGCUGAACCUGUCUGUGGUGGGAAGGUCCUUCAUGAUCACAGGAGCCAACAGUGGCAUAGGGAAAGCCACUGCCAUGGCCAUAGCCAAGAAAGGGGGAACGCUCCACAUCGUGUGCAGGAACAAGGACAGAGCUGAGGACGCCAGGGCGGAUAUUGUCAAGGAGUCAGGCAACACGGAAGUACAUGUCCACGUUCUGGACAUGUCUGAAACGCGUAAGGUGUGGGAGUUUGCAGAGGCCUUCAGGAAGCAGUAUCCAUCUUUAAACGUGUUGAUCAACAAUGCUGGCUGCAUGGUGAACAAGAGAGAGGUGAAUACAGAGGGACUGGAGAAAAACUUUGCCACCAACACCCUGGGUGUGUACAUCCUCACACAGAGCCUCCUCCCACUCCUGCAGAAAAGUAGAGACCCCAGAGUGAUCACUGUGUCCUCAGGAGGCAUGCUGGUCCUGAAGCUGUGCACAGAUGACCUCCAGACAGAGAGGACUCGCUUCGACGGCACCAUGGUCUAUGCCCAGAACAAGAGACAGCAGGUGGUGCUAACUGAGUAUUGGGCCAAAGCCAAUCCUGCCAUUCACUUCUCUGCCAUGCACCCAGGCUGGGCCGAUACACCAGCUGUGUCCACGGCGAUGCCUCAGUUCCACCAGAUGAUGGGAGCCCGUCUGAGGAGUGCAGAGCAGGGGGCCGACACCGUCGUGUGGCUGGCCCUGGCCAGGGCUGCAGCCAAGACUCCCAGCGGGCAGUUCUUCCAAGACCGCCGCACUGUGCCAGCCCACUUGCCCCUGGCCUGGACCCACAGCACCCAGGAGGAGGUCCAGGUGUUUGUGGCCCGGCUGGACACGCUGGCCCAGGCUGCUCGGCCUGAGAGCCAGUCCAGUGGCAGCCAACACUCUUCCAGACCUAACUGAGUGGCCAUGCUGAGAUUUGACCCAGCCAGCUCACUCACUUACCCAGAAUAGAUAUCUACAUCUCUGUAUCACUAUGGGGCUACAGCUUCUUGAAAGCUGUUCGUGUGGUCUAAUUGAGCAUUAAAAAGUAUUUGGCCAAUUUAGAGCAAGCAGCCUGACCCAGUGAUGUGAUAUGGUGAUCAUUCUAAUACACCACUUGUCAAUUCUAAGAAGAUAUUACUGUAGCUAAUUAUAUUUACGGCCAUUUUGCAACUAAAUUGACUGCGGUUUACACUAAUGUAGACAUGAUUGCGUGGAUGGGCCAGAUUAAAUGUUAGGUGGUUACAGCUCUGGGUGUUGGGUCGACAUCAUCACCUUCCUCAGGAGGUCCCAGGCCACCAGAACAGCUUGUCACUAACACCACCAGUGCUUGUCUCCAGGGAUCUGUGCAGUGUCACACUACAGUGGGUGAUGACAUUGAGACUAAGUUUCUCAUUCAGAUGUUCUGCUGUGAGAUACUGCUCUGGUUAAAACAAUGAGUGGACAUUUUCCAAAUGAUUAAAUGAAUAUAAAGUUAUCAGGUUAUUUGACCAGUCCUUAAUCCUAUACUGUUGCUUCUUUGAAAAUAAAGUGGUGUGUCUGAAAUG